AUGCACGUUCCCAGGCGCAUUGAAUCUACUAGGGAGGACGAUGCCAUCUGGCGUCGGCAUGAGUCCACAAUUCGCCAGCUAUACCAGGAAGAUAGGAAGACGCUGAAGGAGGUCAAGGAAAUUAUGGAGAAUGAGAGAGGUUUCCCUGUGACACCGAUAUCGGUAUGGGAGGUGAAGUUGAGACAGCUCAAGAUGCAAAAAAAGCUCAAGGCACGGGAUUGGGCGUCUGUCUACCAGCACGUUCGCCCUCGUCUGCAACGUGACGGCAAGAUGAAGCUUCUUAGGCCGACGGUUGUUCUGAUCAAUGGCACCGAGAAACCUUUGGUCGACUGCUGGAAAGAGUUCAGAAGGAACAAAGUCCUGUGUCAACGGGAUGCACAAGAUCAUCUCCCUCCGCUUCCUCCGGGGGUCUUGAUUCGGACACCAUCUCCAGAACUCCUGGAAAGCACUCCUCGAAUACAGGAAAAGCAGUCUCCUGAAGCACUUCUCUUCACAUUGUUUCAAACCACAGUCGUCAGUUUCCAAUCGCUCCUCGACCCGCACUGGCCAUCAACAGCUCUUCCGAGUGACGUGUUGGUCCUUGCAGAUUCAGCGUAUGGGUCAUGUCUCGAAGGGAUUGCCUUUACCAAGGUAUUUGAGAUAAUACCAAAUGUCACACAAUACUCCUUGCCGUCUCCGAAUGCAUCUGCAAAUGGAAGUCAACAUGACCAAAUCACUUCUUCCUUGGGCUUUUUGGACCAACCCGCUGCUUUCGGGCAUUCUGCUUCAUGGAGAGCUCAACUUACUGGCAUUGUUGCUUGCCUAUCGUCACCUUUAGAGUCAGCAACCCCCAACAGCCAAGACCUGAGGCUGAACUUUGAUAGCCAUCACUACUUAUUCCUGGUGGUUUACUUGUUGUCCAAUGGACACCUUCGUUCAUAUUCAUACGAAGAAAGACACACCAAGAUGGCUACAAUUUUCGAAAUGACAUUCAGAUUCGUGUCCCGGCGAGUACUGUUGGCGCUGUUUCAGAGCAACUUGCCAAGCAUCAGAGCCGCGUGGGAGAAGCUGUUACCUUGGGCCGGGAGACUUGAGCACAGAGAAGCCUUUAGUGUGUUGAUGGGAGUCGGCAUGGAUAUGAACUGGCUUGAAGAAACUGUCAAUGGACAUGAGUAUUUGUACCACGCGGCGCAAACCAAUUGUGGGAGUCUCGUCAAAGCUCUGCUUGCCAGAGGUUGUCGUCCGGACUCGUCUUUCGGGGAAGGCCAAAGAACGACAGCGAUCAUGGCAGCCGUCGAAAACGGCGACCUAGAUUCUGCAAAGCUCUUGAUCCGGCAUUGCGACGUCAAUCGAGAGAUGCACAUGGGAAAUUACCGCGGCAAAAAUGCCACUAAUUUCGAGUUGUUCAUUAGAAAUUUCUGUGGAACGGACGAGGCUUACCACUACUGCCUUGACCUCUUUCUAGACCAAGGUGCAGAUGUGGACUACAAGCUCCGCUGUGGUCUCAAAUUCGUCAACAUGAUCUAUUCCCAACACCGGCUGUUGUCGAUGCAUGACCACUCAAUCCGCGACUGGUCGUUAUCGAUGCAUGACCACUCAAUCCGCGACUGGUCGUUAUCGAUGCAUGACCACUCAAUCCGCGACUGGUCGUUAUCGAUACUCGACUAUGUUUUCUAUCGCCGUCGCUCAUCAUAUUCAAAGCUGGCAACUUUCAGUAAGACGUCACAAGCCUUCAGCAGAUCAAGGGCUCUCGGGUUCCUUGAACAAGGUGUGCACGUACUGCAAGAGUACCUGCAAAGGAGCACCGAGUCCCGUCAACAGCAAGUUGGUUGGCUUACGAUUCUAUUGGUUGAGCAGUUCCUCUUGGCCCGUGACAAUUCCAACAGCAGAGUCUGCUGCCAGGCCGUGCUACGGUUGUCGGAGUUAGGUGCUGACCUUGAAUUAUUGUCAACCCGGGACCUGCUUGCAGACGGGAUACUGAUCGUCAUUGCGGAACUUGCAACGUCGGGAGUGAAGCGAGAUGGGGAGGACGGAUGCGUCUUGAUGAGAUUCUUUUUGAACCGAGGCUUUCAAGUUCGAGCAAGCACCUUGGUCAAGGCCACUCAGGACGGAGACAGUACCAGACUGAAAUGGCUAGCGACAUAUUGCCCUGAUCUCAGGGUGCACGGGGUCGAAGCUCUUGCUGAGGCGGUUGCACGCAAGAGCUUCAAGGCAACAAAAAUCCUCUUAGAUGGAGGUGUGGAUCCAAACUCUGCCUUCUGCUGGGUCCAUUCGUUCCUAGGAGAGACAAAAACUAAUAUCUUCGGAGUAGCUGCUAUGGGGUCAACCCUUGCCAUGACGAAGUACCUAGCCCGGCGUGGCGGAAAACCUUUGCUUGAGAAGCCCGGCGGUCACUCCUCAAAGAUCUUAGUAGACCUGCUCUUAGAUGAAUAUGUCUACGACCUGUUUGCCAAGGUCAAGUAUAUCAUCGAAGAACAUCUCGCAGUCUCUGAGCCCUUCUACCCUUCAGAAGAUCUUCUGGAUGCUUGCUUUACUCAUCCUUGGGCAAUAAAGGAGAAGAUGAGAAUAUUCGAGUAUCUUCUCGGGAAAGGGGCGAGGUUGACAACAGGCUAUCCAGUGGCAUCGUGGAUAGCCGCUGGUGGCAGACACGAGCUUGUGCGAAAGAUGUUGGACCUCGGCGCCGACGUGAAUCAAGCUUCCGAGGUUUCCUUCGGGAUAAUUAUGCAUGCCUGGGGAACACGGCUUACACCAUUGCAGGCUGCAGCUGGAAUAGGUGACUACGACCUGGUGUGUUGGUUGUUGGAACGCGGUGCGGAUUUGAACCCUCCAGUACACCCAUACGACGGCACAACGGCUCUGCAGGAGAUUUGUGCUUGGGACCCAGUGCGACCGGAGGAAAGGAAGCGAAAAGAUGAUAUCAUAAGGCUGUUUCUUGGGAAAGGGACAGACGUCAACACCGUAUCCCCCAUGCGAAAGACCGCGUUGCACUGCGCAGCCCGGCUGGGAGAUUUGCCAACAGCAUUCCUACUUCUGAAGCAUGGUGCCAAGCCUAAUGCUCCAUUUCAACAAGACUCGCAUGGAAUUCCUCAGACUGCUUUGGAUGUGGCAGCUAGGUAUGGACGACUUGACAUGGUCGAAUUCCUCCUCAACGCAAAUGCACUGAGUGGGACCGCGUUCUCUUGUGCCCGACUUUACGAAGGAGCGAUAGAGAUGGCUGUAAAAGGGAAGCAUUUUGCAGUCGCUGAUUUGAUCCGCAAGCAUUCAGCUGGUCAGGACAGGGGAUGGGGUUUUGCGCACGAUCACCAGAGCACGACAACGAUGGCUGGGCUUGACAAGACACAACAGCCAGUAACCGGAAGCACCUGGCGAUCUGCUCAAGGUCCCAGUGGUGUGGGGCAUCACAUGACAGAUUCCGCUGUAAACCGGUACGAAAAUGUACAGGUCUGCCUCGCCACUGAUCUAAGAAUGAUCAACAGCAAACCAAGCUCGGAGGUCCGUGAGGAGAGCACGACACUCACAGAGACGACUGGUUCGACCGGCGCCCGUGCGAUAGAAGAGGUCCAAGAUAAAUCGCAACUCGCAGACAGUGGAGGCAAGGUAGCUUUCGGAGACGACGGAGACAACGCUGCGGAUCAGAAUACCUUUCAUUGUGAAGUUUCGUCAUGGGCAGAAUGGGGAGUGCAGCAGCCGGAGGGCCAGGUCUGGGACGGUGAUGACGAGCAGAACGACGUACAGCUUAUUUUAGAGAGCCUGAGUACCGAUGUGUUUAUGGGUUUCUCGGAGUUUUGA